AGAGUUGUCUCCCUUGGACACAUGUUUCCGGUUGUAAAGUUGAAGUCGACUUUACUUGAGAGGAAAGAUGGGGUUGAAUGAGCUACUGUAUGGGACAAGAACCCUGUUAACUCCGCAUCAUGCAACAAAUAUUUUCCUAGCUCUCGCAUAUUUUAUUCUAAAAACCACGCCAUUUGUUUGCACGUAUUUAUUUUAUGAUUGCACUCUAGCUUUGCAAGAAUGGGAAUGGAUAACAUUUCUGGGAUGUGUUAUUGUGUUAAAGACCAAAAAAUUAGCAUAUUUUGUCGACUACAUACACACAGCGUGUUUAUUUUCAAAAAUGUUAAACACAGUCAUGUUUUUUAAAGCCAACCCCAUGUAUGGCACAAUAUAUGGAGGUCUCUGCAUAUUACAUUUUAUAUUCCUGCCAGAACCAAGUUAUGCUGGACCUGAUUAUAUCACCUAUUUUAGAGGUCCCCAUCUUGAGGAAGAAUUAGAAAGGGACAGAAGAAUAACGUGGGUUGUAGCAUUUUACGCUGCCUGGUCACCACCUUGUGUUACAUUUGCACCAAUCUUUUCUCAAAUAAGCAAUGAGUAUCAUUUAGAUAAUUUAAGAUUUGGUAAGAUGGAUAUUACAAAGUUUCCUAUUAUUGCUGAAAAAUUUAAGGUAGAUUGUACGUCAUGGUCGAGACAGUUACCAACGGUCAUCUUAUUUGAAGGAGGCAAAGAAAAAAUGAGACGACCGCUCUCAAAGGGAAAACAAACAAUUAAAUUUACAUGGACCAAGGAAAGCGUGAUUCAAGAAUUUGACAUGAAUCAGAUUUAUGGUGAUUGUAAAAAACAUCCAUUAUCAAAACAGAAGAAGGAGAAUUAGAUCUGAUCAAAUAAAAUACUCAAUUUUAUAUAAAAACUUCCAUUUAAUAUUGUAUUUAUCAUUCAUUCAUUUCUAAUUUUUAUCUGAUGAGUUUUUGAAUGUCAUUUCCAUUUUUCCAAAAAUAUCAAAUUUUGUGCAACUUAAUCUACGCUACAGACUACUUAAAUUAAUUAUUUAAUUUAAUAAAUAAAAUCAAAAUACCAACGCCAGAUAAUGUCCCGCGUUGUAUUCCAUCAAAUUAAAAAAAUUCAGCAAAACUUAAAAAGGGCAUUAUGGGAGAUUAGAUAAAGGGUUGACAGUUCUCGCUAUAAUAGUUAAAAAAAAACAGAUAACGUAAAGAGAACAUGUUGAAAAUUUCAGUCAAAUUGAUUCACUCUGAACCGAGAUAUUAAAUUUGCAGGGGGAUUCCCCUGUCCCUCUGUUGGUGUUUACAUGGGGAUUCCUCUAUCCCUCUGAUGAUGUUUACAGACUUAAAUCUGGGGUUUAGCCCACAUGGCUUUUAGAGUUCCUAAUCAUAUUUUUUUGUAUUUGAUUUUAAAUAUACGAUAUUUAUAACAGAUGGAAGUAAGAUAUCUUGGUUACUAUUGGUUACCAUAGUAGUUCAACACUCUUAAAAUGUCAAGUAAACAAUUGAUUUUAAGACAGUUUAAGUAAACUUCUUUUCUUGAGGCAUUAGGGCUGUUAUAAUUACCUGAAAGUAUAAUUGUAUAGAUUAUUCAGUAGUAUAAAAUACUAGAUGAUCUUGUAUAAAAUACUAGACUAAAAUGUCCAGUAUAAUUGUAUAGAUUAUUUAGUGGAAUGAAAUACUAAAUGAUCUUGUAUAAAAUACUAGACUAAAAUGUCCAGUAUAAUUGUAUAGAUUAUUUAGUAGAAUGAAAUACUAAAUGAUCUUGUAUAAAAUACUAGACUAGAAUGUCCAGUGUAUGUAAAUAUGAUGUGGAUUGUUGAUAUGAGUGUAGUUAUUGAUGAAGAAUAAAUGUUUUAAUAUAUAUA